UUAGCUCUCUUCAAUUUGGCGCAUUAAGCUGUGGCUAACUUCACGAGUAAGAAAAGUCCUUCGUGAGAAAGGAAUAGUUUUAUCCUCCAUGGCUGAUAAUCAUCCUCCCCGAGCAGAUGACGUGGCUCAGCAAGCACAUAAUGGCUUUGGACCACUUUCCGAGCUUCGUGGAAAUAUUGCUACGAUCGCAUCAACGAUCGUGGUUGUAUUUAGUAGCGCGGUGCUUUUGUUCGUAGUGAAGGAGAACGAAAAGAGGGAAGGGAUUCAUUUUCUGGUGUUUAAAACAGCCUUGCUUACCUUGAGUGUCGUUCUCGGAGAAAUAGUACGAAGAUUGUGCCUAGUGUUUGAAGAGAUUACACACAAGGACGCGAGAUAUCGAGGAAACUGGAAGGCUGUUCUCAAGACGACUUUCACUUUCGAUAAUUCCGGUAGUAUUUUAGUCGUCGCCAUCGCUUCCGCUCUAAUAUUGUGUCUUGGGCUGUAUGAACAAUACGAAGUAUUCUCUAGUCCAGGUUUCUCCAUCUUGUUUUUCCUGAACUGUCUCGUGGUUCCGCAGUUGUCGUUCCUUGUGGGUCUUCGACAGCUCUCUCCUGUAGAGACAUCGGAUUUGAACGAAAAAGAAAACAAGAAUGUGGCUGAUGGGCUGGCUUGGGGCUAUUACUUUGGUUAUCUGAGGCUGGUGCUGCCAAGACUGGAACAACGGAUAUCAGAAUCGGACCCAUUUCGUCAUAAGAUAAUAGACAAGAAGCUUUUCAUUCUACUUCCAAAAACGUGCUUCACAUGUGAUGACAUUGAGGAAGCGGAUUCCAGGGUAAAAUGGGUCGGCAAUCUCCCGGAGAGUAAAAUUAACAGGGGAGGAAUUAAGGAGAGAAGUUACAAGCAUGCGGUACAUGAAAUAGUGAUGCCAGAUGGGACAAACGAAAAGUACCACUUUAUUGUGGAGUAUGCCACGCCUCUGAUGACCCUUCAUGAUAUGUCUAACUUCCAAGACGCCCAAUUAACGGCUCCAGAGCGGGAUCACCAGGUAGUGUUGUUCAUUCGAAAACUGAAGGAAAUUUUGGAUAAGAGUACAGAAUGUAGAGGAAGGUAUGAAUUGGUUCCAUUUUCAGGAGAUGAGGAGAAAAACAAGAUUGCAGAUAUCCUGGUUGAAAUGCAUAAAGCUGCCAAUGUGGAGAUGGAUGAGGAAGCUGAUGAAGUGAAAAUACCAGAACAGUGACCGCUGUGAACAAAAUGAUAUUGCUUAUUCAUUAUAGGAGGGAUCUGAGACAUAAAUACAUCAGUCUAUAAAAAACUGAGAACAUUUUUAGAAAGUAGUAUAGUCUAUAAAGACAACUGACACAAGUACUAUUGUGAAAAUACCAAAUUUUUUCUUUUUACACUUUUCUGAUACAGUUGUUCACUGAAACUGUAAUUUCACAGCAUUUUAUACCAAGGAAUCCUAAAGAUACUUUGUUGAUAGCUAAUAAAUAUACUGAUGUCCUUAACUGUCUGAGGGAGGCAGAAAAAUGUGAAA